AUGGAUGAUAUUGAAACCAGCUAUUCCCAUUCAAAGUCACCACCAUCUUUUUUCAGAAUCUUAAGAAGGGGUCAACCCGAAGAGAAUUUUGAGGAAACUGCUCCUUUAACGUCUGAAGUUGCUCUUAGUCAUGAAGGGGAUUAUAACAGACGUCUUUGGCAAUGUGUACUAAAAAGAUUUAAGGAUUGAAAAAUUUCUUGAUUUUGAUAUCCAAUACAUAUUUAAAACUUUGUUUUUUUCCUUUCAUAAUAUAUAUUAUAUGGAGAUACUCGGACAACUAUUGGGAGAGCGACUAUGAGGGUUUUGCAUACUUGACUAUUAUUCCUUGCUCAAUUUUUGCUCUUGCCUGCUUAAUUGCCAUUCGUCAUUACUUUAACCCAUUGUUAUUGAAUUUCAAGUAGAUUCGAUUCCUUUGAAUGCUUUUGAAUCAUAAUUAUUUCUUUUCAUGAACGGAAGAUUUGUCAAGAAAAAGGUGACACAACGAAAAAGUAACUUUACCAAUGUUUCAAGCAUGGUGCCAAUCAAAAAAUUGGUUCUUCCAAGAAUCAGAGUUUUUCUAAGGAUGCCUCCUUAGAGUUUCCUUCCAGGAAUUAGAUGUUUACAAGAAGAGGUUCUACUGAAAUUGGCGCAAGCUUUAUCUGAAAAGUCAAGCGCCAUGCCUACUGAACAUGAAUGAUUAUGAAAAUACAGGAGCUUCUUGUUUAAACUAUAAACAGAAGCAUUCACCACCCUUGUAAAUGGACGAUUUAACAAGACCCAUCCUUUUAUGAAACCGGCAACUUGGGACGACUUAUUACUUUGAUAUAUUUUAAUUAACAAUUGGUUUGUCUUAUAAUCUAGUGUUUCUUAUUGGAAAUUGCCAGAGUAAAGAAAGAAAAAUCUGACGGAAUUCUGUACCGGAUAAAGCUACAAGUCUUGGUUACACAUGAUAACUUAAACCUGAAAUUAUUCCUUUUGUUUUUACAUGUUUUAUAAAAUAUUGGCAAGUAAACUCGUUCCGCAGGAAGCCGAUGAAGCCGAUAACUACUGAAUGUUCAGCUCUACUUUCAAUCAAGAAUGUCUGAGUAUUUUUUGAACCAAAUAACCAAGAUGCACUGUCAGCAUGUACAUUAUAAUUACCAGAUAAAAAUUUACAGCGAUUUCAACCUUACUGAUCCUGUUUUUUGCCCGUUACGGCUAGGUCAAAGCGAUAAUCCUUAGUGCAUCUGUUCCGCUUGGACCAAUUCUUCUUUCCAAUAAUCAUAUCCGAAUUUCCUUUAUCUCUUUGGGUUUUUCUUUUUCCAGUAUGUCUGUCUUUGUAUCUAAACUUAUAUUUUUUAUAGAGCUCUUUACAUGUAAACUAAGUUUGAUUAAAUGAUUUUUUAUGAAAAGAAAAGCAACGUAUCACUAAAAAAUGGCGAUACAUAUCAAAUACUGCAUCUUACUAUUAAUACUUUAAAUUGUUGCAUAUGAACUACAAUUGAACUGGAAGAAGGUAAUAGCAUCUAUGCUUUUCUUCUGUUAUUACUAGUAAAGCCUCAUGUCCGAUUACGUUUUGCAAUGAGAAAUAUGUAGUUUGGAAUUUCAUUUGGGUCCAUACAGCGCUAUUAAUUCAACUUGGGAAUAGUAGACAAAUCAAGUGUAAAAGCAAUGAAGCAAGUAAUCAAGCAUUUCUUCUUCGUCUAACUUCAUUUGUUGAGCUAUCAGAAAGCAUAAAUGACUUUUGGUGCAACUUAAUACUCCAGUACCAUUUUUCAAAAAUCUAUUGUACUGCAUUACCAAAAACCCAUCCGAUAGCUUAUAGAGUACUUGGCUUUGCUAUAUCUUUUACGAAACUCUACGAAUUGAACCUUAUGCUACGCACCAG